AUGGCUUCUUCGUCUCGAUCCUCCAACUCAUGCUCAAGAUCAAAAAUUUCCAAGUCAAAAAGCACUAUUGAUAAGGCAAAUCCUUGUGAUUGUGGGUUUCCUUCUCGCAUCUGGAUAUCAACAACAAAGGCAAAUCCUGGUAAAAAAUUUAGGGUUUGUCCUAACUCUUUGAUGAAGGAUCCGAAGGAUAAAUGUGAUUUCUGGGAAUGGGUUGAUGAUGAUGAAGAAAUUAUAACCAAGAACAAGAAUAAGAAAGAUGAAGAACAUGAUUUCAAUAUUGAAGUGAAGAUUGCAAUAUUGGAACAUGAUUUCAAUGAGUACAAGAUGGAGACUGAUAAGGAAUGUAAGAGUUUUAGAAAGGAAUUAAAUAAAAUGUGUUUGUUGUUUUGUUUGUAG